UGCAGCGAACGGUGCUCGCGAGGCGCGUCGGGUGGAACGUGAUACGCGGCGUUUUACACGCGCUUCUUUGAUACCGAAGCCACCCCCGUGACCGAUCGGUGUUUGUGCGUUCGACGACCGAAGUCGACGGGGCCGCAGUGCCGAGUUGUUGCCGUUCUUUGAAGGAUAGUCGAAGGGCGAGAGAAAGAAAUGUAAAAGAAACGUAAGUAAAUAAAAAUAAACGCGUCGGUGCAGUUUUCUCACCGAACAAUUCAACCACUCGGAAAAACAUCGAGGGAACGAGACAGAUCGAUGGAAAUCAGUGAACAGUGUACUUGGAAACAAACGUAAGAAAGGAUAAAAGUAAAAUAAAAACCGAGUCGACGCGUCGUUGUGUUUUUCGUUGAACCGAUAACGGUUUCGCACCUUGUUUACAUCGAUCGGAAAUUUCAACGGCUUUGUUAUUAUCUCGCGUCGCGUUCUCUCUUUGGAAACAGAGUGAGAGAGAGAGAAGCCCUGCAAUUAUAAGUACUCCGUCUGGCUGAUAGACACACGUCGCGACGCGAGACUCUGAUAGACACGGAGGACGAUUAUCGAAUAUGAUUGUUGAAAACAACUGGUCUGUUUAUUCUCGCGAGUAGUCAGAAGUGCCGAGGAUCGCCGUUUCGUUAGCUACGCGCAAUACGAGUUACGUGGUUUAACGCGAAGCCGAUAUUCAAACGAUAAACGUCGUGUCUGCGAUCGUUUGUCAUAUUUUCCAAUUAUCAUAUUAUUACAGACUCGGCGAUUCGAUUUUGCGGGCGGAAUUGCCGUUUACGAGGAAUUAACGCUAUUAUCUCGCGACACGUGAACAUGUUUGUGCUUCGGGAGGAUUAUUUGAUCGACGAACGAACGGACGAUCGUGUUUGAGGGAAGCGGUGUGAUAACGUAAAUAAAUUAGUAAAAUGCCGAGGCUCGAACCUGGACGUUCUAGGCGAAUUCGUUUGGUGCUGAGUAAUACACGUUUUAUACAUAUGCAGUGCGGAUUUGAGCUGUGAAUUUCAGUGCGGUAUUCCUUAGAGAGAAGUACAAGUGCGUCGAGUAUGUGCCGGUCAUCGGUUUUAUUGUUACUCUACUCAUCUUGUGUUCUUCAAUGCCUAAUCGAAGAUCGUAGAUGUGUGUCGCUGUAGCCUGUUGUUAAUUCUAGAGGAAGAAGAAAAACUUGUGUUUCAAGUGUGACGAAUAAUACUUAUUCGUAGAUAGAUAGAUAGCCUCGACUAUCGCCUCUUUCUUCGUGACGAUCGGGUAUAUUAUCAUUGUACUGUAUCCACUGAUGUCGUUGGAUUGAUGCCGAUUCCGCAUGUCGUCGAUUGAGAUAAACACAUCGCCUGGGAACCUCUCCUUUGACGAGGGGGCUUCUUCGGGUAUAAACCGAAUCUCAAAAGUUCUCGCCUGAGAACGAAGCUGGGUAAGAUAUACCCAGUUGCAUAGCGGUGUCAAUCGUCCGUCGAGUCUUUUCGACUCGCGGUGUAAACUUUCGCACAGACUUAGUCGGUGGGCUUCCGCGGCCCACCCUCACACUCGUCAAGCUGGCUAGCGCCCUGACGGCCGGUAUGAAUCCCCACCAUCCUGGCCAUCCCGGUCACCAAGGUCACCCCGGUCACCCGAGUCAUCCAGCAGCCUAUCCGCACCACCAGUCGCUCUCGAGCAGCCCCCAUCACCCGGGGCCCGGAAACGCGCACCACGGCUACACGCCGGGGGGCGGUGGAGGAGGAGGUGGCGGUGGCGGCGGCGGCGGCGGCGGUCCCACGACGACGCCGGACCUUCCCAGCCCCCACUCGCCUUCGCACGGGGCACCGACGGACCCCGGCGUACCUUACACGACGUUAACCGGUAGUCAAGGAAUGCCCAGUAACGGGCAUCAUCACGGUGCCGGAGGUGGAAUGAUCGGGGAACACCCUCAUCAUCCCGGACAUCCUCACCCUCAUCAUCCAGGUCAUCCCGCGUACGCGCCCGUCAACCAUAACAACAACUGCACGCUGAAGCAAGAAGAAGGUCCCGGAGGACCGACGAGUAUACAGCAAUGUGCGGGGUGUGGUGGUCGCAUAGUGGAACGGUGGCUCCUGCUCGCUCUGGACCGUUACUGGCACAACGGAUGCCUAAAAUGUACCUGUUGCGGUGCAGCGUUGGCUGAGAUCGGCCGCAGCUGUUUCACGAAGGGCAAUAUGAUCCUCUGCAAGAAUGACUACACUCGACUCUUCGGAAGCACCGGGGCCUGUGCCGGAUGUUCGCAAACGAUACCGGCCAGUGACUACGUCAUGAGAGCCGGCGGCGCGGUCUUUCACCAGAAAUGUUUCACCUGCAGUAAAUGCGGAACGCAGCUUUUCUCCGGUGACAGAUACGGCCUCGGUCUGUCCGGAGCGCCGGUGUGCGAAACGGAUUGGCACAAAAUGGUGAAAUCGGCCGGGGUAGGCGCCAGCGGUAACGGCGGCGCCCCGGUGAGGAAAGGAAAAGUCGGGAGGCCGAGAAGAAGCAGAGACUGAGCCGCCAACCCGGUCGGUCGCCCUAAGAAGGUCCAAGCCUCAGUCCAGCCGACACCUACCUCAUCGUCGACGGUUGUACAGCCCCUACAGCACCAGGUAGACGUUGUUGACGUAGGCGUCGGAGUCGGGGGUGAGACCUACUCUCCGCCACCGCCGGGUCCUCAGAACAACUUUGGUCAACAUAAUCACCAGCACCAUCAUCAGCACCUUCAGCACCAGCUUCAACAGCAGCAGCAGCAGCAGCAACAGCAGCAUCACCACCAUCACCACCACCAUCACCAAAUGAUUGUCCCGCUUCAUCAUCACCCGGGUAUUUCGGGUGCCCAGCAUCAUCAUCACGCGACUUAUCGGGAAUGGAGCCAUUGGUCCGAGCCCUGUGACUGAAGACGUCGUUAAUUUUAUUUAAUCAAACUGAACCGUUCAAUGGUGCAAAGGUAUAUUGCGUAUACAUUUUUUUUUUCCGUUUCGUUUUGUCUUGAUUUUUUUUUUUUAUUUUUUGUUUGUAUCACUUUUUAAAUCAACAUUCAUUUUGAAAUUUUCCCAUUUCGCUUUUCUUCUUUUUUUCUGUCAAACCCCCGUCCCUCCGUUUUCGAUCCUAUUUUAAAACGUAUCGUAAGAAACCAAAGUGAAAUUAUGCAGUGACACCAGUGAUCACGAACUGAUAUUUUUCCGUUAUAUAUCGCAACGUCGUGAUCGUUUAUAUGGUGCGGGAGAAGAGGGGAAGAAAGAAAGAGAAAAAAAAAUUGGAGAAAACUGUUCAAUUUUGUGUUUCUCUCUCUUUUCCUAACUUUAGAAACUACAAUACAAAAAAUAAAUGAAUUUUGUUAACUUCUCCUUGUUUCCGAAGGUGUUUUCAACCUGUUUUGAAUGGAAUUUUCGUUUGAUCGCGAUCACCACAUAACCGUGUGCAAAAGAGAAGGUGAGAGUUAGUGUGAGAGAGAGAGAGAGAGAGAGAGAGAGAGAGAGAGAGAGAGAGAGAGAGAGAGAGAGAGAGAGCAAGAGACAAUUCGUCAUUUACAUGUUGCAUGCACGUCUUUUUCGAAUCUCGCCGAUUCAUUAUUAUAAUUUCACUCAUAUACUUACCUACUGCGAUUAACAGUCAAAGGCGUAAAAAUAAAGUUUAAUACAUAGAUAAAUCAAUCAAUCAGUCAAUCAAUCAAUCAAUCAGUAAAUUAAUCAAUUAAUGACGUCACUGUGAAAAAAUAAACGUGCGUCAAGAAUCCUGAGUACCGUAUAAGUUGUGUCGUGAUUAUUUGCGGUAUCGCGCAGGAAUGAUUUGUCACACAAUUUCUCUAUAACCGCGCGAACGAAAAGUUAUCAUCGUUCGCUGCGUAUUAAAUGCAAAGGUAGGUUACUAAAUAGUCUAAAAAAAAAAGACAAGCAAACAGGCAAAAAAAAAAAAAAAACAACUGAAAAUGAACAAAAAAAGAAGCAGAAAUGAAUGAACAAAUGAAAUUAUGUAAACCUCGAAAAUCUCUGCAUGGCGAUCUAAACAUAUUUCUAUAUACAUCAUAUAUAUUUUUAUUCGAAAAUCACGAAUGUACUUAUAAAUAUUACAACUGUGUCUGUACAUAUUACCUAGGUACUACUGAAUACUUACACCGUAUCGUUACGCGCGUAAAUGUACACGUAUAUAAUUAUUACACACCGCAGGAAGGAAAUUAUUAACUAUCUGUACAGCAACAAUAUAUAUACGUAUGUAUACGUACCGUAUAUAUGCAUUGUAUAUAGUCUCAGAUCUGUAAUCUUUGCUCAAAGGGUUGUUACGCGCAGCGUUUUCUUGUUUAACGUUGAAAGAAAAAAAAAAAAAAAACGAAAAAGAAAGAAAAUAGUAAUAUUAAUAACAAGAAGAAUAAUAAGACGAAAAAUUUGUUGCCUAAUUUAUUCUUUUUUCGUUAAUUAAGUGCCCGCCAAUUUCUUUGACUGUUUUUCCUACCUUUUUUUUUUUAUCUCACUCGUAAUUUCAAUUUUUCGGUUCCGCGUGCCUUUAGAAAAUUAUACGUCUUUCAAAAUUACCGAGCCCUUUUUCUACGACGCGGGGAGUCCACCCUUACUUCGUUUGGCUGAAUCUGUGUCGACCUAUAAGUUCGUUAAGUAUCUCUUGUUUCAUCUUCUGGUGCGGUUAAUCCUUUUUUAUUCUUGCCAAUUCACCUCGUCGAAAGAACCUCGUAACGAACCCUUUCUCUCCGUUGCGACGAGUUGUACGUCAACAAGUGAGUUUAUGAUUUGCUUUCGGAAAAAUAAAAAAAUAUAUUUAUGUACAGUCGUUGACCUUCAUCAAUUUUUCGUUAGAUUAUUUUUUCAUCCUUCUCGUGUUAGUAUCGAUUUAGUAGCUUAUCAAUUUUGUAUCAUAUUUCGUACGGAAUUUCGAUCGUGUUACUCAGUUUUUUUCCCCAACAUCUUUUUCUACGCGAUAUUGCAACGAAGAAGCUUGAAAGUUCGAAUGCAGUGAUAAAAUAGUAUUCCCGCGCUAUAUUUUCCAGACAGUAUUUGAACGCAAUAUGUACGAUAUACGUUUCACCGUUUUUAAUGUGUAAAUAUUAAUAAUAAUAUGUAUAAGACGGUUAUUUGUCUGGUUUAAGAGAGAGAAAAAAGAAAGAGAGGAGAUAACACAAAAAAAACCAUACAGAGUAAAAAGAAAAAACACGUGAAUGAAUUUGUCGUAUAAGCAAUAAAUUAUUAAAUAAAUGAUCUUAUAUAAUAUUAUAUAAGAUUUUAAUGAAACGAACAAAUUAAAGAAUAAAACGUUUACCUACCUAGGUUGUUGUAUUGUAUAAAGUAUUUAAGAAAAAAAGAGAAAGAAAAAAAUACUAGCACUGAUCCAUGACAUACGAUGCCUAUUACUAUCCUAACGUAAUACUGUACUUUGAUUUACCGUGAGAAAGAGACAGCUGGGUAUAAAUAAAGCGGCAAAGGGCGAGGGAAAAAGAGGGAGAGAGAAAGAGAGAAGGUGAACGCGUGCAUGCGAGUUACGAAUAUAAACUCUAAAGAGAAGGAAGGAUAAGAUACCAUUAUGAACGCGGUGACGUCUCUGUAAAACAAAACCAAAAAGUUGAAAAGAAGGGACAAAAAUUUAAAUUGAAACAUACAAAGAAAAAAAAAAGUAAAUACGAAAGAAAAACAAAGUGACAGGGUCUCGAGCAUCUGCAAUAAAUGUAUCAUAAUUGUAUAAUCUACAUAUUAAAUUACCAAAUUCUCACGAUAUAUUUAUACAACGCUUUGAAUCAAUGCUGUUUUUCAUUUGAUUAAUUCUACUUUAAUUUUUUUUCCGUAUGAAUUCUACGUGAUUUUUUUCGCAACUAAUCGAAUUCGCGGACCUUCACUCUUUGCCUACAGUUUUCUAUGACAAAAUGGAGAAUUCUCUCGUUGUUCUGCUGCUGCGGUUUCAUUUUUUAUUCCAAAUUCUUUGUAAUCGGGUUUUCUAUUCGUAAAACUACGAAAACCGAAUGAGGAGUGAUGGACAAAAAACAAAUGAGAAACAGCAUCGAAUCAAUCGUCUUCGAAGCUCAAUAAAUCUUAAAUGUGAACUGUUAUUAUACGAUACGGCUGUUUGUUAGGUACUCACUAAUUAUUUCGUUGUAGUUGAAUUUAUUAAUCUCGUUAUCAUUCACCCGUUACGACGAUUAUACAUACAUACAUGCUGCUACCACUACUACCACUACUACCACUACUACUACUACUACUACUACUCUUACUACUACUACUACUAUCAAUACUUGUGCUGCUAUACCUGCGCACCACACGGUAUUUGUCAUUGUUCGAGCGGUAUCAGAUGAAAAGUAUCGAAUAAAAAACAAAAUUACCACCGCACCCGAUUGCUUCUCAAAUAUAGAUCAUAGCCACCCGGAGGCGUUCCUUCAUUUUACCGUUUUUGUACAGUUCGAAUUCGAUUGGGUGUAACAGGAGCUAAUAGAGAGACAAG